GAUAGUCAACCUGCUGCAACCCUUACUUAUGCAUUUUGGGAAUGUACUUGAACAUGCAUGGUCCAGUAUGUUGCAUCAUGGCCGAGCCAGAGUUCCAUAUCACUUUGGUAAUCUUCAUGGGUCUUUGGAAAUAGUUAGGAAAUUGGAAGAGACCCUUCUACUUGAAUUCACUCGUGAAGUAUGUGAUCUUCUUGGAGUUUUAGCACUACCAGAACUAAAUAAAGGGUUGACCUCAUUUCAAAACAGAUCUCUUGUUGGAUAUCUUUUACUUAAUGAUUGUCUUGGGAGGUUAAGGAUGAGUCUGUUUGGGUACUUGGUUGAUGGUGAAGCAGCCACCAAAGCUAUCCCCUUCUGUCGUGCUUUGAUCCACCUUGCAGGUGCUGCAAAUGAUGAUAAGCUUAGGGUAUUCAUUUCGGAUGAGCUACUUCCCUGUUUGAUACGGCUUAUAGAUGAUCAACUUCCAUGUGCAAUUAGAUGCCUAGUUCACAAGUUAAAUUCAAGUGCAAGCAAUGAUGCUAUCAAGGAUAUUGUCGUCCUUUGUGAAGAAGCAUAUAACUAUUUAUCAAGCCAUAUUUAUGCACAAAGCCAGGAUUUAGUGAAGGAACAAAAGGAGAUUGAAGAUGCUGCAGAUAGCUUUACAUGUUGGUUGGUAAAGCAAAAGGAAGAUCUCCAUGCUAAGGCAUGUUCUGCUCCUCCAAAGGAAUUUUUUGGCCAAACACAACUAGAAUGGAAUUGGGAGCUUGAAGAUGAAUUUCGAAGAUAUCUUCCAGUUUAUUUUGAUACAAUGCAAGAAGUGGAUGCAAUGGUUGACUGUUUGGAGGUUGAUUUUUUUGACCUGGAAGUUCUAUAUAAGAACUUGAGGCCUGAAUUUAGAUCCAAGUAUGCUAUUGACAGUAGCAAGCACCCCCAUCUAAGGAUCAUGUCAAAUAUGCGAGAACGGAAAUAUUAUUCAAUGAUCAGUGCAAAACAUCACAAACAAAUAUGUGAAAUUCUUGGAGAACUCAUUACUUUGAAACCAUAUAUCAAGGGCUCUGACCAUUAUUAUGAAAUUGUUGAACGUAUUGGAGAAAAAAUUGAGAUACCAUCCAGGAUCUUUGACCGUGAUGAUGCGAAAAAGUCCAUCCGUGUCCUCCUUCAAAUCUUACAUUUCUGGGAACCUCAGUUUCAUCCUCUAAUACGGGAGGGUCACAAGGACUUCCUUUUAGACAUAGCCAGGCGGUUGGCCAAGGCAAAAGCAACAGAAUAUUCUGAGCCAUUGAUACCACAAAUGGAGGAUUUCUUGCCACAUUUACAACCUUAUGCAUUCGCAUUUAUUGUGGCUACGCUAAAAGAUCCAAUGGUAUGACAUUGAAUAUUUCAUGCCCACGCCUAGGGCUACCACAGUCCCACUACGGCGGAGUAGCGUCGCCGCGCGCCUCCCACACCCACCCACCCACACCCCCCCCCCCCCCGCCCAAAACCUAACCUGCCCCGAUCGAGCCCUUCCUUCUCCCAGAGCCGCCGCUCGAUCAGCCGCCCCUGGAGGGAGCGCCCAUGGACGCCGCCACAACGUCCGUCCGCGCCGUCGACUGCAAUCCCGUGCCGGUGAGGGAUGAAGGGUAUGUCGAUGCGUUGGUGAGGGCGUCGCUUCAUUUUAUCAGGAAGGAUUUCCCUCAUGAGGUCCGGGGACAUGGCGUCAGAUUGCUACAGCAUUUGAUGAGAUUCAGGUGGGAGGAAGUUAGCAUCAUAAAUUGAAGCAAAUUUGCUCAUGUUUUUAGUUUAUUAGGAGUUGAGUUGGGAGUUCCCGAUGAUCUGGUUUGGAAGAAUGCAGCAGCUGAUUUAGUUGCAGAGGUGGUUUGGAGCCAUGGAAUUUCUCUCUUGCAUGACCUAAUCCCAUGCCUUGUGUGUCUAUCAGCAAAGGGUGCUACUGAGACCGAAUUAGUUUGCUUUAUUCUGAAGUCAAUUUCUGAUAAUCGAAUUGCUCAUGUUUCACAUUCUGGAGGCGAACCGCUUUCCUUAUCUGAGUUCCUUCAGCAGAUUUUGCCAUUCAUUUCCUCUUUGCUUGAGAAACACGUUGGAGCUGCUUUGGGUGAGAAAAGCGUCAGGUGGAAGUAGCUGAGGAACAUGCAUCUGUAGUAAAAGCUGUCCUAGAUGCAGCCAAUGCAUAUGCAAGGUGGGCUCAUGUUAUUGAUCUGGGGAUGCAUGGUCUAAUUAAGGGAUGUGGAUGCCUACUUUCUUGCAAUGAUUUCUGUGUACACGCAUCGCAGUUUUUCAAACAUAUAUUGCAGAGGAAAAGACCUGUUGCUAUUGCCGUUGCAGAUCAUGAUUUUGCAGAUUAUCUAUUCUGUCCACAUACCACAUUUCAUUAUGUGCCAGCUUUACAGGGUGCAUUGAGUAUCUCUGCGAAUCCAAAGGAUACAAGUAGUAGUAGUUCCAGCCGCUACAGCAAUAGCUCUGGUACAAUAUUCCAGAAAACUAGUGUGCAGAAGAGACUGAGCAGUGGAAGCAGCAGCAGCAGCAAAAACAAACGUAGCACUGCAGUCGUAAUGAGUUCUCCUGAUUGUGAAUUAGAUCUCCUGGUAGGAAUAUUUAUCAUGGUUUGCAUAUAUAUUUUUAUCUCAUAUUAUCCCUAUCUUGCAACUAAAUCUUCAUUCUAUAUCUACUGGAGGUUCAUGGCAAUUGACAUGUUUGAUACUGAUGAGUAUUAUGAUAGUUAUUGGGGAAUGAUGGGCAUGACAAUGAUAGUAGAGAUAACAUGCUGGAUGCCGCAGACCCAAGAAUGGGUAAUGAUGGAGCUAGACGAGCAAACUCUUUCCACCACUUGGGCUGUCUACUCCUUGCUGAGCAUAAUAUUAUAUCUGAAGCAUUCCUUACUGCGUCAUCCUGGUCUAGAUGUGUCAUCAUGAUUCAGCGAUACAAGGAAGUUCUUGUAUACUCAGUCCUCUUAGCAAAAUUUGAACCCAGCCAGAGUGGGAAAGCAAAUACACACAUUAUGCAUGGUGCCUCACACGUCUAUUUUCUAAUAGACAGUUUGUGAAGAAUGUUCAUGAUGUGGCGAAGACAUGGGAAGGGCAGCUCAAAAGGAGAGCAGAAGAGUCUCAUGCAAUCCAAAUGCCUGAUAAAUACUCAGUUCCUUCAAUGUGUACAUGCCCUCUGGAAUCGAGAUAUUACUUAUGAUCUAUCAAAAAAGUUUGCAAAAGCUAAAAGACUUGGGAUCGAUGAGGAGGAAGGUUUCCAAGAAAUUGAGAUGAGACAAUGGCUACAGGAUAUCCGAGAGAUUGGAAAAUGUAUUAAAUUGCAGCAGGCGCACAAGGGCAAGAUUUGUACAUGGAAUUGGGAGUUUGAAGAUGAAUUUGAAGAUAUCUUCCAGUUUAUUUUGAGAUGAUGCAAGAAGUGGAUACAAUGGUUGGGUGUUUUGAGGUUGAUUUUUUUGGACCGGGAAGUUCUAUAUAAGAAAUUGAGGCCUGAAUUUAGAUCCAUGUAUGCCAUUGACAGUAGCAAGUACCCUCAUCUAAGGAUCAUCUCAAAUAUGUGAGAAGUAUGCACUUGCUAUGAUUUCUAAUAAUCAGCUUGUAGGGUUCCCCGUAAGGAAAAAAGAGUACAACAACUAUUUUACAUUUUAGCAUCAAUUACUUCGGAUCGACUAUUUUACCCCUAUUUUGAUCUUCAAUUUUGAUUUUGCCCCUGUAUUUUUUUAGGUUUUCUUUUUUGCCUCUACUUUUUUGAAAUGAAAGCCAACUUUGCCCCUA